UGCCCAGGUGGCUGCCUCUGCCUCGAACGUUUCCCAGUGACGCAGAGCCCUGCAGGCCCAGAGGCCCCUCCACACUUCCUGCGAGGGUUCAGAAACCCGCCUCCCCUCCCAGCCGUAGGUGCCUGCUUCAGAAAAUGGUAGAGUAAAUGUCCUGUGAGAGAAGGAUGCCGUCAAGGAAUCUCUGGACAGUUCUGGGGCUCUGCCUCUUAUCAGUUGGCGCUUGGGGGCAGGAAGAUAAUGAAGACAAUGAUGAAAAUAUACAUGAACAGAAAACAUAUAAAGUUUCCAUCUCUGGAACCAAGGUAACACUGACAUGCCUGGAGGAUUCUGAAUCGGAAGCAAUAAAAUGGGCCAAAGAUAAUGUAGAAUUACCCGGACCAUUUAAUGAAAAUAAACAGCUAGAACUGGAAGACUUUUCAGAAGUUGAAAAUAGUGGUUACUAUGCCUGCUACACAAGCUCCUCGAAGGAGAAGAACCAUUAUCUCUACCUGAAAGCAAGAGUGUGUGAGAGCUGCAUGGAGGUGGACCUGAUGGCAGUGGUCACCAUCAUCAUAGUUGACAUCUGCAUCACCCUGGGCUUGCUGCUGCUCGUGUAUUACUGGAGCAAGAACAGGAAGGCCAAGGCCAAACCUGUGACCAGAGGGAUGGGUGCGGGCGGCAGGCCCAGGGGACAGAACAAGGAGAGGCCGCCACCUGUUCCCAAUCCAGACUACGAGCCCAUCCGGAAAGGCCAGCAUGACCUGUAUUCGGGCCUGAACCAGAGAGGCAUCUGACAGCGCCCGAGGACACUGCGUCCCACCGGCCCAGGCCUGGCUCCUCUCCUGUCUGCUCCACCCUGUAUCCUGGACAAGCCUGGAUCCCACUGGAGAAUCGUGCCUCUGCCUUGCGGGCCACGCAUCCCAGGCCCUCCUGCCCGCCCUCUCUGCUGGCGCCCAGUCCUAGAAUACUGCCUCCUCGUUAUCCUUUGAAACAUCGCCGCUCCUCACGCUUGCCGCCCUCUUGUCAGGAUAUUUAUUUCUGUUAUUCGUCCCCCCAAACCUGCUUUCCCCCUUCAGUUCCCUCCUUUUCCUGUGUAUAGGUUGUCUCAUCCCUAACUAUUUCAUCUACCUUUCUACAUUUCCAGCUCUUUCUUUGGCAACCCUGCAGGGAUGGACCUGGUAAAUGCUGGCAGGGGUCCUGCUCCAUUCACAGACCCCGGCCCAGAGCCAGCCCUUUGCUCCCUUCCCAUCCCCGCUGUUGGCCCCUGGAGGUUCAUUUGCAUCUCCAUCAACGUGCUGUGCUCCCUGUCAACUGAGAGGGAAGAGAAAUAAAGUGCAUUUGGCUG